AUGGGCCGCUUCCGAGAGCUGUUUGUCGCCCAUGUGCACAUGAGCCGUCGACUUGCCCGCCGAAGCUUUCUAGCCAGCUUGAUCAGCCUGCUCUUCGUGCUGGUCGUCAUCGUGACGGCUCUUGGCACUGCCGGCACCACAGACAUGCGGUUGUCGUCAGACCUGACGCCUGGGCCGGUCGGCCUUGAGCUGGCCGAGCUUCUGGGCGGCCUCCUGGAGCAGCACCGGCCCUCAGGCGUGGAUCCGCCCUGGACGGAGGACCGGUUCGACAGCACCCGAUGGCAAUGGGGCGAGGACGCCAACAUGACCAGUCUGCUGCAGCUGGACGCCCUGGAGCUGCUCAAGAUGCGCGACGCCCACCGCGGCUUCGUUGCCAGCAUCCACGACCGUCUGCCCACCUUUGUCGCCCCGUCCGGCCAUCACAGCUUCCUCGGCCGCCACCACCAGCAGCCGCGACAGGGCAUCGUCAUCAUCGGUGGCGGUAAGUACUUUGCCAUCCUGAUGGUCUCGCUGCGCUUUCUGCGCCGCACCGGCACCACGCUGCCGGUCGAGGUCUUUGUGCUAGAGCACGAGUAUGAGGCCGACGUGUGCGAACACGUCCUGCCGACCCUCAACGCCGUCUGUCGCAUCUUUCCGCCACUUGGCGGCGGCGCCUGUCCGCUACAUGGAUUCCAGCUCAAGGUCUUUGCCAUCCUCUUUGCCUCCUUCGAGGACGUGCUCUUCCUCGACGCCGACUGCACCGCCAUGCGCGAUGUCGCCACUCUCUUCCUGUCUGAACCGUUCCGGGCCACUGGCCUAGUCACCUGGCCCGACAUCUGGCAGACGACCGUGUCGCCGCUCUACUACCUGAUCGCGUCUCAGGAUGUCGUGCCCGUGGCCCGUCGCGCCUCGUCCGAGUCCGGCCAGCUGGUCGUCUCCAAGCGUCGCCAUUGGUUCACCCUCCUGCUCGCGGCUUACUACAACUACCAUGGCCCCGACUUCUACUACCGCCUCCUCAACCAGGGCGGCACUGGCAUGGGCGACAAGGAGACAUUUCUGCCCGCAGCCGAUGUCUUCGGCCUGCCCUUUUACAGCGUCCAGAAACCCGUCGUCUCCGUUGGCCACCGCUUCGAGCACGGCCAGACUGGCUCCCGCGUCCAGGUUCAGCAUGACCCUGUUGACGACUAUGCCAUAACCCAGCAGAUCAUCGCUGCUGCCAACGACUCGCUCGACUUUGCUGCCUGGAACGCGUCCUAUGCCCCGGUCCGCCCGCUCUUCCUCCACCUCGCCUGGCCCAAGUGGGACGCCGUCAACCUGCUCGAUCACAUCAGCAAGUGGUCCGACAUGACCACCGGCAUCGAUGGCCGCCCCGAACCCGCCUUCCACUACCCCCCCGCGCUGGCCGCUCAGAUCCACGGCACUGAGCGCAUGCUGUGGGAAGAGGCCCGCUGGGCUGUCUGUAACCUGCACGACCGUCUGAAUCACUGGAAGAACAAACCCAAGGCAGGAGGCAUGUGUAGCCGACUCGACAGCUACUUCCGUACCGUCCUCGAUGCAGACAUGGGCAUCGCCAUGAGACUGGGCCCGAAGGACGUUUUGAUGCCGAUGCUGCCAGAAUAG